GCUCGAGUUGCGCAAUUACAGUUGGAACAGCUGAUUCAAAAUUUCACAUCUCACCGCUCAACCUGAAUUGUUUACCUGUCCUUGAAAAUACACUUGUUUUUAACUUCCAAAAGUUUUCCAGAAAUGUCUGAGCGUCGGGGUAGCAUUAUGAAGGGGAUUCGCAAAGAUAGCCAUACUGACAGGCCCCGAGGGUCAACCAUGGACAUUGAAAUGCAUGACGACGACGACACCCACCCUGUGAAACGAGGGUCUUCAGUUUGGAAAUCAGGGUUCAAAGGGAAACUUGCCAACACCUACAGGUUGGGACCAAAGCAGAAGUUUCUUCCCCAUUUGAUUCAGAAGAAAGGCGAGGAGUUGAUGAACCAAGCAUUCGGUGAGCUGGCCUACGACCACAACUGUCGAGAUGUGGCUGAUAAAGUGGCUGCAGAUAUCCUGGCGUUCUGCAAAGAGCAAGUGUUCGACCGCUACAGAUACGUGGUCAAGGUGGUCGUCGGCGACAAGAAUGGCCAGACAGUGAAGAUUGCAAGCCGUACCCUGUGGGAUGAUGAAAAGGACAACUUUCUGACUCUCAACUUUGAGAACAGACACAUUUUCGCUGUUGGCAUGGUUUUUGCCAUUUAUUUCGAGUGAC